AUGGCGACUGAGGAGCAAGGAGCAGAAGUAUGGCAUGUUCGCGCAUCGCUCCGGGAACUCGAUGACACUGGCUUCCGUGUGGAGCGCACGCUAAGGCGUCUUCGACGUGCUGCACUGUCUCCCGGCGGAGAGACUCCAAUCCCUCGUCAUCGGCUGCGUCUGCGCCAGCCCGACCAGGGCAUAAUCCAAUAUUCCAGCUUUUUGCAUCACGUCUCAUACAACAUCUGA